GUUAAAUUUUAGUCUCCUACGCGAAUCCGAAUCGAUUUAUGAAUGCGAGCCCAGGUAUCGUUUGCAAGUGGUAUAUCUGAUGCUCGUAUACUAGUCUAGUUGCUUUAUCUGAACCUAUGAUUGUAUUUGCAUCUUCGUUCGUUUCAUCCACAGAACGAUUUUUUCUAUGACACACCUUUUGAAAGUAAAAUCGACGACGGCCCAUUUGCAUUUGUUGAAACCUGAUAAAAGAUACGCGUUGAUAAGAUUGAUGGAAGCGGGUUAUUUUUCUCUAUGACGAUUAGAAUCUGAGUCAGUCAUUAUGAAUCGAUCAUUUGUGAUGUCUCUUACUUGCAAAUUCUCAGGAGAAAGGUCUAUUGUCACCAUCAGUGAGUGUCAAGACCCGAAGAAGAUUGUGUAUGGAUUACUGAGUAGGAAUUGUUUUUUAUCAUUCCUGUUUACCUUUACGUCCAAGACCAAGAGCAAGAGUAUUGUAACAAGUACUAAGUCUUUCUUAAACGUUUACUGCGCGUUCUCGCAGUGCAGAAAAGACGAAAAAAAAACAACAAAUAUACCGAAUGCUCCAGGCGGCUCUGGGACCAGGACGUGGCGCAGGCGGAGGACUAUUCGGACGAAAUGCAACACCGUGAGCACGAGACGGAAAUGGAAAAUCAGUAGUUCCAAGCAUUGA